ACCUUCCCCCUGAAGUACAAAACGCGUCACCCGCUAGACUACCUCCGGCAGUUCCCUCACGUCCGGUGCAGAAGUAAUACUCUGAGCGCGCUCCUGAGGAUACGCAGCGAAGCGACGGCCGCAAUCCACGCCUUUUUCAAGGUGAUGGAGGAUCUUUUCAAGAAAGCGACAGACACGAUACUGUCCAAGUGCUCUCACGAUGCUGGACUCUUUCAUAAGCAUGUAGCCCCCGGACAAGAGGGCAAGAUAGAACAGAUGUUGAAGAACCGAUUUAUAAUAAUGUCAUACUCUGAAGCCAUAGAGAUCUUAAAUCGGGCACCCUGUGUUUUCACUUACAAACCAGAGUGGGGCCAGGAUCUCCAGCGCGAACACGAGAAAUACUUGGUCGAGCACUGCGGCGGGAUCCCCGUGUUUGUAUUGAACUAUCCGUAUGACCUGAAACCGUUCUAUAUGCGGGACAAUGAAGACGGACCCCAUCGUACGGUGGCAGCCGUCGAUCUUCUAGUACCAGGAAUUGGGGAGCUUUGCGGUGGCAGCUUAAGAGAGGACCGUCUGGAUUUCCUGCAGUCCCGCCUACGGAGGAUGGGACAGGAAGACGCCUACCAAUGGUACCUCGAGCUGCGUCAGUUUGGAUCAACCCCCCACGGAGGCUUCGGAAUGGGGUUUGAGCGUUACCUCCAAUGCAUUCUGGGAGUCGAGAACAUCAAAGACGUCAUCCCUUUCCCCAGGUUUCCCCACUCGUGUGUUUUGUAGCGCUUCCCCUCCGUCUCUGAGGACGGGACUCCUCUGCAAAUCGGUGGCCUGCCUGGGUGAUAAAAUGGAGCUUUCCUGGAAAGAACAGACCCCUCUUUUUUCCCCCCGCCUGCACCAGAUAAUCUUAGCAGUCUUGAAAGCGUGACGUUUGGAAGCCAAGGCGAGUUGAUAUUCCUCUGAAAUCUACAGAGCACUUUGUGUAGUCUUGAUGGGUAAGUUCCAAAAGCCAGAUAACCGUGAUUCAGCCACAACUGGAAUGAAUAAAACAACAUUUUGCCAGGAGUUCGUUAAUUUGUAAUGGUGGUUUUGGCUGAACUCAGGCUUCCGCGUUGGGAAGGACAAGGAAGCUACAUUAGUUGGAGGCACCACGGCCCGGAGGUUUGAGAAGUUAUGAAAACUGCAGUACUGUUGCUAUUCUUGCGAUGAGCGGCC